AUGAAGAACUGGCUGGAGAUGUUCCUGGAAGGCUUCUGGCGUGGGAGGAACCCCGCGCUGGAGCAGGGGCGGAGUGUGAGGCAUCCUGCUCUUGAGGAAGAAGGAGCAGAGCCAGCAGCCCCCAUUCCCCAUCCCGCUGUCGGGAGGGAGGCGAAAGACGCCGGGAACGAUUGCGAUCCGGGGACGAAGAGCGGAGCGGAGCGACGGCUCUGGCACAUUUCCUUUCAACCCCUCAUCGUCCCGCGCCAGGUCAGUUUGGAGGAGGAGAGCCAGAACCCACCCGCUGUGGGACACUGGAARGCCCUGAUGCCAUCCAAAGGUGACAAGGAGGAGGCAGAGAGUGGAUGCCAGGAUGCUGGAGGYGUGGGUGAGCCCCAGUCCACAGAGCAGCUCAACGUGUCCCGGCUGCGCAGCUCCUCGGUGGAGAUCCGGGAAAAGGGCUCCGAGUUCCUCAGAGAUGAGCUACACAAGGCACAGAAGGAGCUGAAGCUCAAGGACAAAGAAUGUGAGAGAUUGUCCAAAGUCAGGGAGCAGCUGGAGCAGGAGCUGGAGGAGUUAACAGCCAGCCUGUUCGAGGUACCACCCUCUUCCUUUUCCCUUCAUUUCUUAAGCCAACCCCAGAUUGACAUGCUGCAGGCCGAGGUGACAGCCCUGAAGACKCUGGUGAUCACAUCCACGCCGUCCUCCCCGAACAGGGAGCUGCACCCUCAGCUGCAGAGCCCUUCCAAGGGCGGCUUCAGGAAGGGCCACGGGCGCAACAAGAGCACCAGCAGCGCCGUGCUGCCGGAGCCCGCCAGCCGCGAGUGCAAGGAGUCUGGUUUCCCUGCUYUCCUCUCCCUGCUCCUUUGCAUCCUCCCUGGGAAGGCUAUCCACAUCACCUAUGAGCCAGGCUGGCAGGCCCUGGGAGCAGAUGCUUCCUCCUCCUCCUCCUCCUCACGGCAGCUCGACUCCAUUUUAUUUGCCGAGUUCCAGGCCUGGAAGGAAUCUCCAACUCUGGAUAAAUCCUGCUCCUUCCUGGACAGAAUUUACCGAGAGGAUGUAGGCCCUUGUCUGGACUUCACCAAGCAGGAGCUGUCGGAGCUGGUGCGAGUGGCUGUGGAGCAGAACACCCUGACCAUCGAGCCCGUGGCUUCCCAGACUGUCCCCGUGGGCAAAGUGGCAGCAGAAGAGUGUGGWGGCCCCAAUGGCUUCCGGUCACAAAUUGUAACGAAAUGUGCCCUGAGUGGCCUCCCCAGGACCUGCAAGCACCGGAUCAUGCUGGGAGAUUCUGGGAAUUAUUACUACAUCUCCCCUUCCUGCAGGGCCAGGAUCACAGCAGUGUGCAACUUCUUCACCUACAUCCGCUACAUCCAGCAAGGCCUGGUGAGGCAGGAUGUGGAGCUGAUGUACUGGGAGGUGAUGCGGCUGCGCAGGGAGAUGUCUCUGGCCAAGCUCGGCUUUUAUCCCAGCGAGAUGUGAGCAGAGCCCCUCUGAGCGUGGCAGGAGCUGCUCCUGGAGGAAAAGCUGGCACAGCAGUGCCUGUCCUGCCCCUGCCACCUCCCCUGAGAGGGGCACAGGUGCCACCUUGGGCUGUGACUKGAGCCCGGAGCUGGGCUGGCCCUGGCUGCUCCGGGACGGCCAUCCCUGGACUCUGGAGUCUCCUAUGUUACUGUAUAUCCAUUUUUUAACAUUUUUUUUAUACACAGCCUGCUUUGGCACAGCCCCAGGCCAGGCCAGGGCGGGAUUCUGAAUCUCCCCUGGGAGCCAGCCCGUCAGGACAGAUGCUGGCUGUCUGUUCCCCUCGCUUUUUUUGGGAUGGGCGGUGCUGUGCCCGAGGUCCUGCUGACCGCAGCAGCCCUGAAAACGCCAGCAGAGCACAAGAAUCUUAAGGAGAGCCAUGAACAGUUUGUUUCCAAGUACUUCCUUGUUCCUUGUGAAGGAGCCCGUGAGGGAAGCUUGUUGCCAGCCRAGUCACAAAGAGGGGUUUGUUCCUGUUUUUAGCUGGGUGUUUUGCACUGGGUUAUCCGGGCUGGGGAACGGCUGGAGCUGUGCACCUGGGAGGUGCAGGAUAAGGGGGGCAGGAAAAGGGGAGCAGGGCAAUUCCACAGCUCCAGCUGCCUGCAGGAUUUUUCCUCCUGCCCUGGGAAAUCUGUGGGAUUUGUCAGAAGUGGAUGCAGGACCCUGUGACAGUCCCUGGUGUGAAGCUCCCCACGCUCCUGAACACCCACAAAUGUUCCUCUGAGCUGUUCCUGCCCUGAGAGAACUUUGGGCAGUCCUGUUCCCAUCUUCAGGCACAGUCCCUGUUGCCAGGUUGGGCUCUUUGUGUCUUAGUCCUGAGCCCAGAGAUUCCUUCCUGGUGUUCCACCAGACCUGGAGAUG